AUGGGCUAUCUCCGCAGAGACCUUGGAGUUGGGGGCAGACUUGGUGCGUUCGAGUGCGUCGUCUCUUUCUCUUUCGGUGUCGAAUUCGACCCUGAUAGCGCCUUUGAGAGGAACUACCCUAGCCGGAUUGUACCCGAGUUCCCUGAAGGGGACGGUUUCCUUGAAAGCGGUGAUAGUAUUCUGAGGGUUGGCAGCCUUGUUUUUGGUGGUGACCACGAUGGCUGGCCUGGUGGAGGGUGGUGUAGCUACGACCACUUUAGUUGUCGCAGGAAGCUUGGCCGCGGGGCAGGGGACGGUUUUAGAGCUGAGCUUCUUAGUGAUGGAGGCGUACGAGUCAGUUAUCCUUUUAGUGUUCUGCUCAGUGUUGGACUUAAGAUUGAUGUCCAGGCCGUCAAUUUUUCCCUCGAUGCGACUCAGUGCCAGGAGAAGGGAUUGGCUGGUUGUAUCUGUUGGGGCGGAAGCAGGAGCGGGGAUGGGGGGGGGGCGCGUUCAUUGAUUCUCUUGUGUAUUUCGAGAGCGUCACAGAUUUCUUGUGCGGCCUUGAUGGCUAGGUCUCUGUUAGGUGCAGAGACGCUUUUGGGCUUCUCCGUCGGAGUGAGGCACUUCUUGAUGACGUCGGCGAGGGUGAGAACAAUCUUCUCGAAGGAGGAAGUGUCGGAGACUUCAGUUGCUCGGACGGGUAGAACCAAGGGUUCGGGUGGGGGCUUAGUCGCCUUAAAUUUAGGUUUAGUGGUGACGGCGGCACUGUCGACAGGAGAGGGGAUCAAUGAGGGUGGCGUUUUCUUUCCAAGGCGGCGGGAGGACGAGGUCGCCCUGCUGGGAUGCGAUGCAUGGCGAGUGGAGGAGGAAUUUUGUCCA